AUGGGGGGGAAGGCCACCGCCGCCGCCGCCGCCCGACUACUCUUCACAUUGUGGGCCCUGUCGCUGCCGUGGCUCUUGAAGGGGGGGGCCUGCGGCGGCAUAGCGCGGGUCGACCUGCGGAAGAAGAAGCUCGACCUCAACGCUGUGCGGGCGGCGAGAGGGGUGGCGAGGGACAACUUCUGCCUCCAUGACGACGGCGUCCAGCACAACCCUGACGACCUGGAUAUCAUCUCCCUCAAGAAUUUCAUGGAUGCCCGGUACUUCGGGGAGAUCGGCAUCGGCACGCCGCCGCAGAACUUCACCAUCGUCUUCGACACCGGCAGCUCCAACCUCUGGGUCCCCUCCGCCAAGUGUUAUUUCUCUGUCAGUCCGCUCAGUUUUCCGCACAUUCAUUGAUGAUCACAGCAGGCAGGCUGGACGGUAGAGUUCUUACCUUGAAGUUCUUCUUCCUCUUCUUCCCCGCAGGCGCCCUGCUUCUUCCACUCCAGGUACCGGUCGGGGCAAUCCUGCAGUUACAAGAAGAACGGUCGGUAUUACUGACUCGAAUCUCUCUAAACGAUCACAAACUCCGGAGCUUCAUGUUGACCAUCAUUCUUCUUCUUCUUCUUCUUCUCCAGGAAGAUCAUGCAAAGUUUCCUACGGCACCGGGUUCGUCGCCGGGUUCCUCAGCCAGGACGACGUCCAAGUGGGGAAGCUCGUCGUCAAAAACCAGGUGAGAGAGUGAAUGAAACAGGCAGCUUCAAGAAGCUGGGCCCGCACCGACGCCUGACGAGGUCAGCGUUUCUCAGGUUUUCAUGGAGGCAAAGCGUGAGUCAAAUCUCAUAUUUCUUCUGGCCAAGUUCGACGGCAUCCUCGGGUUGGGCUUCCAGGAGAUCUCCAUCGGGAGGGUCCCACCCAUCUGGUGAGGACAUCAACAUCCGGCUGAUCCCUCCUCUUCCUGCUCCUCCUGCUAUCCCAGAAGAGAAAGAGAGAGAGAGAGAGACUGAGAGAACUAACGGGGCUUCUCCCGUGGCUUCUCUCAGGCAAGCAAUGAUCGAGCAGGACCUGCUGAAGGAGAAGGUCUUCUCCUUCUGGCUUAACCGCGACGCCGACGACCCAGACGGAGGGGAGCUCGUCUUCGGAGGCGUCGACCGCCGGCACUUUAAGGGGAACCACACCUUCGUCCCCGUCACCCAGAGGGGCUACUGGCGGGUAAGAGACGAUUGAGAUUCCGGGGGAGGACGACCGGACAGUCGCAUCAAACGAUCAAGACCUAACUCCCUCCUCUCAUUUCCUUCCUUAGUUCGAGAUGGGCGACAUCCUCAUCGGAAACCACACCACAGGUGAAGCAACAACGCAUUCCUUCUCUUCUGACGCGAUACGAUCGACAAAACUGUGUAAGAAAGAUUCGCCUGGUAAUUGAUGGAUGCGAUGGUAUUCAGGCCUCUGCUCCGGUGGGUGCACCGCCAUCGUCGACACCGGCACUUCCCUCCUCACCGGGCCAACUGUAAGAAGCUUUCCUACCUCCUUCUCUCGUGGCUGUCCAUCAACGAGCUUCAAACUAACCACCUCCUCGCUCCGAUUAUGAACUGCCGAAGAAAAAAUUCCCACACGUUGAAAAUAACUCAUCCAUUACGCCACAACCUCAGCAUGAUAAAACUCCCAUCUAAUCAUUUCCUUCUUUCUCCAUGAAAUGAGGGCCGAAAAUGAGCAAGAUGAGGAGGGGACUUGCAUGCAUAGAGAGUUCUCAUGAUUUUCACCUUGGCCACAGACUGUCAUCACCCAAAUCAACCACGCCAUAGGCGCAGAAGGGAUUGUGAACUCCGAGUGUAAGGAAGUUAUCCUGCAGUACGGCAUGAGGAUCUUCGAUCAGCUAACAAUGGAGGUCCUCCCCCCCCCCCUCGUCCAUCCCUCUGCUGAUUGAAUCGAAUCCAAUUAUUCUUUCCUCACAGAGCCAGGCGCAUCCAGUGUGCAGCCGGGUCGGCCUCUGCAGCGCUGAAGAUGUUCCCAGCGCUAGGUGAGUCAUAAGACCAAACCCGACGACAGCUUCAUAUGAAGAGCGCAUCUCCCUCCCAUGAUUGGCUUGCGAUGACGAGCAGCUAAUGGAAAUCAAAAUCUGCUAAAUCUACACAGCAGCGGAAUUGAACAGGUGGUGAACAAGGAAAACAGUGAGAACCUGUAUGAGACUCUCUGCAUGGAGAAGCAGAGGAGCGGUGCCACGUGCGCGGCCUGCAGGAUGGCGGUCGUGUGGAUGCAGCAGCAACUCCAACUGAACCAAACAAGGGACAAGAUAUUCACUUACGUCGACGAGGUGCUUAAUUUCUGGCCUGCUUCACACGUUUAAAAGAAUUCAACAUGAAUCUGCUGCAGCCAAGAAUGAAUUCAUUUAACGAGGGGAGUGUGAUUUGAUACCUGUUUCAGCUCUGCAGCAGCAUACCGAACCCAAUGGGCGAGAUGGCUGUCAGGUGCAGCCAGAUGGCGAGCAUGCCAGAUGUUUCAUUCACGAUUGGAGGCAGGAUCUUCACGCUCAGACCGGAUCAGGUGAGGAUCGGCUCGGGGACCUGCCUUUCUCACCUCAUCGAAAUGCCCAUUUUGGGCAGUUGGCUCCUCCGAGGGAAUUGAAAAGGAAAAGCGAAAUGGACAACAGGACUAAGAAAUUGGAACAGCUUAUUUAGAGGAAACUAUUCUUCCUCACUGAUUGUUUCUGGACCUAAUUCUUACCGUCUCUCAUCUGAUGCUUGCCCCAGUAUGUUCUAAAAUUUCAACAAGGAGCUAACAGCAUCUGCCUCAGCGGCUUCACAGCAUUGGAUGUCCAUCCUUCUGGGGGCCCUCUCUGGUAUGUCGAGCAUCUCUUUUUUUUUUUUAGAUUUUUUCAUAUUGUGUGCUAAUGCAGUUCCUCUUAAGCAUGAAUGUCUAUAUAUAUCUACAUAAGCACGGCCAAAUGUAUUCAAAAUUAAUUUCUGAUGCAGGAUUCUUGGAGAUACCUUCAUGGGUGCAUACCACACAGUGUUUGACAUUGGCAACCAACAGAUUGGAUUCGCCGAAGCUGCUUAA